GGCACCCACAUGAAAUUUCAGGCAACCGCUGCCGCGCCGGCAAGAGCCGCGACCGAACGCGCCCCCGUCUCCUCGCGGGCUUCCCUCCCCUUCUUCCCCGUCCGGCCCGCCCCAGGCGACGCGACGCCCCGCGAAUCCAGCACUUCCCCUGUCUCCUCGCUGCGCUACUUCAAAUACGCGCCCCGCUCGCCAGAUCACGAUCCCGCGUGCUCUGAGCGGCGGGUGUGCAUCGGGUUGAUUCGGGCGCUGGCGGGCGUGGAUGGGCGGGCCGACCGCGAGCUGCCGGCGGAGGUGGGCGCGGCGGUCGUGCCGGACGGGAGGAGGAGGCGGGGUCGUGAGGCGGACGGUGGCGGCGCCGGCUCCGGCGCUGACGAGCGGGGCGAGCACGGCCCCGCGGCGAACGGAAGGGUUUGCUCAUGUGGACAAGCAACGACGUGUUCAUAGGGUAUUAUCAGAUUUCAGAUGUUGCACUGGAUCCACAACACAAGAAGAUGAUCUUUCGUGGGAUGUUGGGGAAUAUAAGCAUAAGAGCUCCCACAGAAGUUCUAUAAGAUGUCUCCCUGAUGCACAGAGGAAUGUUACAGAAAACAGCCACUUGCAGCCUUCAGUGAUUGCAGAAUUAAAUGGUUGUGAUUGGGCAAGUGGAUUUCUUGCGGAUUCUCAGAAAACUUCUAUUUCAUGGCCAAGAGAGAAUAAAAUCUCCACCAAGAAUGAAUUGUGUCAUGCAAGCAGCACUGUUCCAGGCUUGCCCAUUCGGCCUAAAUAUCAUCUCAACAAUCCAAACAACAAUGUGAAGAAUCCUCCAACUGUAAAGAGUUGUAGUAAUAUGAAUAACUUCAGUUAUCAACUGGUCAAAAGAGGUGAAAGAUCAGCUUCUACGAAGAUGGGUUCAACGAGUGCAAAUUGUUCCCUUUCUGAGAAAAUGUCAUUGCUACGUCAACCACGGAAUGGUGGCAAUCAUCAGAACCAAAACCGUAUCAGUGCUUUGAAUCGAAGAUGUAAAAUUGUGAAUUCCGUAGGAGCAAUCAACCAGCUAAGUAUAGAGAAGGUUCAUGACCAGCCUGGUUCCUCACUGGGAAAACAUUCACAGGCUUUGUUCAAUAAUGCAUUAGUUCGACAAAAUCAACUGUGCCGUUCAGAACAACUCAAUCAGAAAGCACCUGAACAAUCAUGGAGCUCUACAUACAGUGAAUCUGAGAAGGUUGGAUGCUUUUCCUCUGCCGACAGCAUUAAUGAUUUACAUGUAUCGUCUUCAAGUGACACUAGUGAUAACUCCAAUUUAUCAUCUCUGGGUGUAGUAGCUAAUGAUCAAUGGAUGACUUUCAAGAAGGUAUAUUGCCCUCUUGUUGCACACCUAGAGUCUAUGUCUGUCAUUUACCGCAAAGAGAUAGGUCAGGCUAGCCCAAUAUCUGUUCUUGAACCUCCAUCGGAAGAUUGCUCGGAUUCUGAAAAUGUCAAGCGAGAGCCAGCAGAUCCGAAUGAUCUGCAACUGAGACUUGAGCGUGUAAAAUUUCCACCCAUGGAGACUGUUGCAGAGGCAAGUAGCAUUGGUGGAACUGGUGACUUGAACUUAUCCUCUGAAAUGGAGUCAAAUAAUGAUGAACCCAUACAACUGGUUGAAGAUAUUCUUGAAGAAUUUGAAGAUGAAGAGGAAAGGGAGUUUUCUUACUUGCUGGAUAUACUAAUUGCUUCUGGCAUUCACGGCACUGCAGAGGAUCAACUGUUCAAAGUGUGCCAGUCCCUCGACUGUCCUGCAGGUUAUGAUGUAUUUGAGAACCUUGAAAAGAAGUACAUCAAAAUUGUUCAAUGGCCAAGAUCAGACAGGAAGCUUUUAUUCGAUAUGGUGAACACUAUAUUGUCACAAAUCCUUGCUCCAUGCUUGAACAUGCAGCCUUGGGUAAAUACUGCUAGGAACUUGGCUCCAAUAUGGGGUUCAGAGGGUCUAUUGGAAAGAGUCUUGCAGGUGUUAGCUCAGAGGCGGGAAGUACUUGCACUGAGCAAGAUGCCUGAGAAGAAAGUAUUUGAUCAAAAGUGGCCAGAUUUAUCAGAUUGCAUCGACAGGGCAGGAAGGGACAUCGAGAAAAUGAUAAAAGAUGAUCUUUUGGAAGAGCUGCUUCUGGAACUGAUGUCCAGUUAGGUAUCUACGGUCCUAGUAGGUUUUACAUUGUUGCAGUGCAGGUCCCUUGUUUUGUGUUGGUAGGUUUUUGUAGUCAGUUUUAAUUGUUUCUUUGGUCCUUAAAAUCAGUGUUCAUUUUUAAAGCGGUGGUUGACGAGUUUUUUGGUCUAGUCACUGUGCUUCUAGUGGUAAUAGGAAAAUUAGGAAUUCUAUUGGAUUAGGUGUGUAUGUAGUAAAAUUCUUUGUAACCACGAAAAAGGACAUGUUUUGCGGAAUUUGUAAGACUGGGAGACUUUUCCUUGUAUCGAAUUUUGUCAGCUGUGAGUUUAAUUCUGUAAAUGAGGGGAAAUUAUAGUCACAUACAUUUGU